GGAAACCUGAGGCUGUAGCAACCCUGGAAGGGAGUAGCUGCCUCGCCCUCACGGGACAGCUAGCUAGCCAAGCCCAGCCGCUAUAAAAGGGAGUGCCACUCAGCCUGAGUAUCUGUCACUUCUGUCAACUCUCAGCGCUGUUUCAGGAAGACCUGGUGAAGCAAAUCCUUGGGCACCAUGCUGACGGAAAUGGAGAACACCCUGAACAACUUCAUUGAGAUCUACCACAAGUACUCCCACCUGCAAGGGAACGACCAUGCCCUCUACGGCACUGACCUGAAGAAGUUGUUGGAGGACGAGUGCCCUCAUUUCUUGCAGAAAAAGAAUGCAGAGACCUGGUUCAAAGAGCUGGAUAUCAAUCGAGAUAGUGCAAUCAACUUCCAGGAGUACCUGACGCUGGUGAUAAAGGUGGGCCUGGAAGCCCAUGACGAAAUCCACAAGGAGUAGCAGGGCUGCUGGGCCUGGGGCUGGGCCUCUGGACUGAUCCCUGAAGAUUAAUAAAGUGAUUGAUACCUCA